AUGGACUCGACUCAGCCGAAUAAAGCCACCAAACAGGCUUGCGACAACUGUCGCCGCCGAAAGAUCAAAUGCUCCCGCGACCUGCCGUGCGAUAAAUGCAACCAUUUGCUUUUGAACUGCUCAUAUAGUGAUAAUCUGCGUCGCAAGGGACCCAAAUUUCGCACGCUAUAUCCUCUUGCGCCGAGCCAUCCCCUAUCGCUACCACCUCCGACAACAGUCCCCGAAGAUACGAGGACCGCACACGAAGGAUACAACGAUUAUGCACCACAAGAUGCACCAGCAUCCCUAUCAGCACCAUCGUCGUUCUUCCAAUAUCAACAUCAAUUCCAAUUCCAACCCCUCCAGAUCGUUCCCUCCCCGCCCGACUCCUCGACCGAUUCGGACUACUCCAGCAACAUCCGGCCAUAUGCGCGACGCUUAACCUCGCCCAUCAUCCUCGCGCACGUCAAUGUCUUCCUUAAAUAUUUAUUCCCGAUCAUGCCCGUCGUGCGUCGCGAUGAAUUACAACGCGAUAGCCAUCAUCCGGAGCGGGUGUCUGCGCAACGGUAUGCAUUUUUGGCGGCGUUGUGUGCGACGACACAUAUACAAUUAAACUUGGACGGGGGACCAGGAUCGGAUGCUACUGCAGUCGAUGGACAAGGAUUGAUGUCUGGGGAAGAAUUGCUCGCAGAGGCAGUGCGUGCACGGAAUGAAUGCGACGUGGUCGAAGAAAUGGACGUGGAAAGUCUCUUGACAUCGCUAUUCCUGUUCGCUUCGUACGGCAAUCUGAAUAAACAGAAGCAGGCAUGGUUCUACCUCUGUCAGGCGACUUCCAUGGUCUUCACCCUAGGCCUACACCGCGAAUCAACAUACACGGGCCUAAACAUCGAAGACGCAGAAGAAAAGCGACGAGUCUUCUGGCUACUCUUUGUUACCGAACGAGGAUACGCCCUCCAACAAUCGAGGCCUGUCAUGCUACGCAACUCAAUCCAAAAACCGCAAGUUCUUGGUUCCGACGAUCCAAUCCUAGCAUAUGGCUUCAUAAACCUCAUCAAUCUCUUCGAGAAACUCACCGUCAGUUUAUAUGACUGGUUAUCAGCUGGAGGCAGCGAUGAGGACCAACUUCCAACACCAGCUUCAUCGAUCCAAUCAAGUCUUUGCAAUACACCCGUUGCUUCUCUGCGGGGUGUGCUCGAGAUCCAGCAGGUCGAUAUUCUUAUCACGCAGCAGUGGCUACAGGCUAUGAUGUGGAAGCUGUCAAGAUACGGUCCGGAUGCUGGCAAAAGCGAUGGCAGAGCAAUGCUCCCCUUUAACCUCCCCAUAGUCGUCGGCAAAGCCGUUAUGAGCGUCAUCGGGGCUGCAUCUCAGGGCGCCGUUGACGCGCAUGGGAUUGGAAUGGAACAAAAACUCUUCGACCUAGGCUCAGCCCUCACAAACCUAACAACCACAACCACAACGCCCCAUUCCCAAUCACCUAAACCCCCCAUCCCAAGCGCAGACACCCGCGAACUCCUCUGGGGCAUCCUGACUACCUUAUCACGCAUCAGAGGCUCGCAGUCUUAUCUCUUCCCAAGAUUACUGGAACAAUCUAAAUCUGUAUUAGGAAUCGAUUGUUCCAUCACACUCGGAAAUUUCUUGCCAGAUCUUGCUCCUGCCCCGGCUACCAAUGCAGCUACCAUUGGGGGUCCUGGGACGCCGGUAUGGGCGGAUGAUAAGAGGGAUCAUUGGGUUGUUGGUGGAGCUGCGGCUGAUAUUGGGAAUAGAGAUGAAAAAUUGGAAGAUGGUGAGGCAGAAAUGAUGAUUUCAUGACAUUAUGGGAAUAUAGAUGUGCCUAUACGUACCUGUUUUUCUAGAACGACCGUGGCUUUCCUCUUCUGGACGCCACCGCUUUAAUGAGAGUACUCAGGGGCUUGCUCAGUGAGUAUUUCACAUUAUGGAUGACCGCUCAGUGAGGACGCAGGGUCUGCUCACCCGCCCUUUAUUGUGCGCGGGUAGUUGGACAGCCAUGUCUGAUGAACAGCCCUCAAGAUUGCCCAGGUCAUCCAACCUACCAUACAAGAUGACGCAAGUAGAAAGUUGAUGGAGACUAGUUAAAUCCUAAGUGGUGAACUCUAAGCGAAU